UUUCGCAAUCCCAGCACUAGUUUGCAGUCCAUCGUCGUUCUGAUCGGACGCCUAGCAGUGCGUCGUGAAUCUCCGGAGCAAUGCACCCCCGCGACGAGCUUAAACCGAUCGCCCGGAAGGACUGGCCGGCAUUGAGGGACCUGUUCAAGAAGGAUUGGCCCAAACACGAAAUCGGAUAUAACACCAUUCAGAACUACAUCAACUGGGUGGCGAUCGAUCCGAAGAUCAAGUCGCUGGAGGUGCUCGGACUGAACGACAAUUGGCGAGAGAACGGAACGUUUAUCGUGGUGGACCGGUUCCAUCUCUACAUGCACAGUUUGGACGAUUCGGGGGAUUCGUUGAAGCGGGCUCUGCUGCUUCUGGAUUGGGAUUACAGCUACAUGAUCGUCAGCGCACAGGAAUCUAAACGCCCGGUAAUCCAGGAGGUGCUUCGUAUGUGCGAUGUGGAUGUCCUAUGGGAAGUGGAGAGCAGCAUGAAGUACGAACUACCCGUAGAAGAAUGUCUCAAACUGGAAUUAAACCUGCCAGAAGGAUUACACCUGAAAAAGCUAGGGGUGGAGCAUGCGGUGAUCGCCAAUCAAGUUUGGCCAUGGCGGCAUGAAGGAUCGGAGUAUUUCAUGAAACGGCUCGCUGCGUGGAAUAUAUCGAUUGGCCUUUUUAAUGAAUCUGACGAAAUGCUAGCUUGGAGUUUUGUGUGGCCAACGGGAGCAAUAGGACCACUGGAGGUGGCGAAAGCUCAUCUCCGGAAAGGCUACGGAACGCUGAUAGCGAAAGCAAUUGCCAAGGAGGUGGCCAAGAAUGGCAUGAAUUGCUACGGGACGAUAGUCAGUGGCAAUGACGCGUCGGUUGCCAUGUUCGUAAAGCUUGGAUUUGAACGGGUGGAAGAUACGUACUACGUUCGGACUCGAGCGAAAAAGUUGGUUGAAUAUGAUCAUUGAAAAACAUAAGGUCGUAAGGAAUGUAUUGUGGGAUUAUGCACUACCUCAUACUGAAUAUGGCACAAUAAAUUUAUUGAAAUUGCAUGUAGUUGUUGAUGUUAA